AUGACCGCUGACAAGAAGAGAAAGCUCGAUGCCGAGGAUACAGUCACGGAAGAGACUGGAUCUCAAAAAGCCAACGUGAGCGAGCCUCCAGCCCACAUGCCUAACAGCGCAAUCGAUGGAGCGAACGGUCAGGCGUCCAAGAAGCGCAAGAGAGUCGAUGGCGAGAAAGUCAAAUACCCAGCCCUCACCUAUGCAGAUGGGAAGCUUCAAUCACCUAUUCGAAUUGCCGAUAUUCAGGGCUUGCUCCUCUACUGCUUCGCCGACGGCAUUGCCCCCCAGUGGAUAUCUCUGAAACACUCUGGGCAUGUGCGCAAGGUGGUCGUGUUGAUGGUACCUGGCCUCGAGAUGGGAAUGUUUGAUGGCACAAUUUCUCUGGAUGAAUCAUCAGCUAGUGGAGAUCAUUUGAAAGAGGCGGAACCAAAACCAGCUGAUGCCGACCAAUCGACCGAAGACGAUAGAGCUACUGACUACGACCGAUGGAAAAAAGGCCUUCCUCUUCCCGACCGCUCGCAUCGUUUCAAUCCUCGAUCCCUCGUCCGCGACAGCCUCCCCCAAUGUCUCCAACCGCUGGCCGAUAUGUUUCCUCACAUUUGGCCGGUCAAGGCUCCGGGCGACAACAAGUACAACAAGGUUCAUUCGCCAUUGCAAGCGAUCUUGAUGUCUUCGCCACCCAAGGCCAAAAAUGAAGAUCCUCGUGCAAAGGGCGCACGCCCUGCCAAAGUCGAGAGGGGCUUUGUUCCCAAAAGAACCCCGAUUUCAACGUUUGUUACCUCUCGCAACGACCUGCGAGAAAACGACUACAUAUUGCAUCCGGCCUACUUUGGCUCUGAUGAAGAGAGGUCGACCCAGGCAGGGGCUCGCCAACGCGGUGGCCAGUCAGUGGAAGACGGAUGGGUGGACACACAUGUUUCUUCACUCGAGUCCGCGCAGCCGCCCGAUGCCGAAAUUGAACAAGGCAGCAUGACUGCUGGACGGAACGUGUUUGCCCUUGACUGUGAAAUGUGCAUCACCGAGGGAGGCCAGUCUGAGCUCACCCGCAUCAGUAUCGUGGGCUGGGAUGGCGAAGUAGUCAUGGAUGAGCUCGUCAAACCCCCGCGACCAGUCAUUAAUUAUCUCACGCGGUUUUCGGGAAUCACACCGGAGAUGCUGGCCCCAGUGACUACAACUUUGGUUGAUAUCCAAAAACGGCUCCUUUCCCUUCUCACACCCCGUGCGAUCCUUGUUGGCCACUCCCUCAACUCCGACCUCAACGCCUUAAAACUGGUGCACCCUUUUAUUGUCGACACGAGCAUUAUUUAUCCACACCCAAGGGGUCCACCACUGAAGUGCAGUUUGAAAUGGCUCACCCAGAAGUACCUAGGCAAGCAGAUCCAGAACGGAACGGAAGGACAUGACUCCAUUGAGGAUGCCCGUGCCGUUCUCGAACUUGUGAAGAUGAAGUGCGAGAAAGGUGAGCGUUGGGGAACAAGUGAAGUCUCCAACGAAAGCAUUUUCCGUCGUCUCUCGCGGUCCAUUCGCCCCAACCAUGUCCCUUGUCCUGGCGAAGCACGCACCGGAGCUGUGGUUGAUUGGGGCAACCCCGAACGCGGUUUUGGUGCACAGGCGACCGUCUCAGUUGGAUGUCAGGAUGAUGAGGCGGUCGUCAAAGGAGUCUCCUCUGUAAUCAAGGGCGACGAGUCCAAUCACUCUAUCCCUGCCGGGGGUGUUGAUUUCGCCUGGGCUCGUAUUCGCGACCUCGAAUAUCUUCGUGGAUGGUGUAAUAGACUCCCAGACCCGAAUAAUGCCAACGAAUCCACAUCUGUCUUGCCUUCCUCGGAUGGAACCGCGAGCAUACCUGAUCUCCACGUCGAAUCCAGCGAGCGCUCACAGCCCGAUGCCUUGGUAAACACUGUUUCGCAGACCGUAUCCCACAUCUCACAGAUCUAUGAAUCUCUCCCGCCCUGUACUCUUUUUAUGGUCUAUUCUGGAACGGGUGACCCCCGUGAAGUUAGCCGACUGCAGUCCAUCCACAAGAAACAUCGCGACGAGUUUCACUCUGGCAAACCCUGGGACGAGCUGACCUACAAAUGGACAGAUGUUGAAGAGCAAAACUUGAAAAAAGCAUGCGAACGGGCUCGCGAUGGAUGUGGAUUCAUGUGUAUCAAAUGA